AGAACUAAAAUUAGUUAAUUAAAGAGUUGCGGUUGCAAAGAGUUUCACGACGAUUACAAACAGUGGUGGGAGUUUGAAUAUUUGGAGAAUGGUCGUAGAAUUUGUUAUUAACACUACAAAAGCAAACUCUUACCGAUAUAGUGCGAUCGUUUAUUAACAAGUAUAGUAAAAAAAUAGUACUAGAUGUGCAUUUGAAUCAAGAGUUAGUUUUAUUUUUUAAAUUGUACAUAAGUUUAAUUUUUGCCCUUUUAUUAUAAGAAAUAAUCAUGGAGCGUAAAUUUUUAAAUGUUAUUCUGCUUGGUUUCGGAUUUAUGUUCGUGUUUACUGCUUUCCAAACUAUGGGAAAUAUUGAGAAAACCAUAUUGGACAGUAUAACACAGGAUGACCCAGGCUUCACCGGCGAUGGGUACACCUCGCUCGCCAUUAUCUACGCAACGCUGGCUAUUUGCAACUGGAUGGCUCCAUCUAUCAUAAGCAUCACGGGGCCGAGAGGCGCCAUGCUUAUCGGAGCACUAACCUAUUUAUUCUUCAUAGUAACAUUCCUGUUCCCGCGCACAUGGCUUCUGUACGUGGCGAGCGUGCUGAUAGGCGCUGGAGCGGCGGCGAUAUGGACGGGACAAGGGAACUACCUAACGCUCAACAGUGAUUCUGAGACUAUAUCUAGAAAUUCUGGAAUCUUCUGGGCGAUGUUACAAUGCAGCUUAUUCUUCGGCAACCUGUUCGUCUUUAUAAAGUUCCAAGGCAAGACACACAUAGACCUCGAGACUCGUAAUGUGGUGUUCGGCGCGCUGACCGCGGUGUGCGCCGUGGGCAUCGUCUUCAUACUGCUGUUGAGGCCGACCAGACGAGCACCGACCAUUGAUGAUGUAAAGAGCGAGAUGGCUGUAUCAGAUUCCGAAGGUCCAAUGGAGGCGUUCCGAGGAGCGCUCAGGCUGUUCUGCACCAGCGACAUGAUACUGCUGAGUGCUGCUUUUGUUUAUACAGGUGUAGAAUUAUCAUUCUUCAGUGGAGUGUACAGUCCCAGUAUUGGAUUCACUCUUGCAAUGGGCGAAAAUGCGAAACAACUUGUAGGCCUCUCUGGAGUGUUCAUCGGUAUGGGAGAAGUUCUUGGUGGAGCUCUUUUCGGUAUCCUCGGUAACAAAACAACGAGAUGGGGUCGGGAUCCUGUGGUCAUUAUGGGCUACCUCAUCCAUAUGACCAGCUUCUUCCUGAUCUUCAUCAAUCUGCCGAACGCAGCGCCCUUCGGCGACACCAUGGACACCUCAUACAUCACACCCUCCCCCUACUUGGCCAUGUUCUGCAGCUUCCUCCUAGGAUUUGGGGACGCCUGCUACAAUACUCAGAUUUACUCGAUGCUGGGCGGAAAGUACGCGGAUAAUAGCACAUCCGCCUUCGCUCUGUUCAAGUUCACUCAGUCGCUCGCCGCCGCGUCGUGCUUCUUCUACUCGUCGCGCGCGCCGCUGUCGGUGCAGCUGGGCGUGCUGGCCGUGCUGGCGUCGGCGGGCACGGCCGCCUUCUGCCGCGUGGAGUGGCGCGGCCGCGUCCGCGCGCGCGCCGCCGCGCUCGAGCCCGCCGACGACAAGCUGGCGCCCGCCGCGCACUCGCUCGCCGACAACACGCUGCACUACGACUGAGCGCCCGCCGACCGCCGACCGCCGACCGCCGACCGCCGACCGCCGACCGCCGACGUGUGAUUUCGAUUAUGUAGCGAUUUACGGCUCCACUUAUUGUAGCCGCGUUUACAUUCCAUAUUCUUAAAACGUUAUUUUUUUUUAUAGAAGCUUAAUUUUUCGCUGCACUAUGAAUUAGUUAUUAAUCACUUCAGAGUUUACGUUACCGCGCUGCGUACGUCAGAUUUCAUAUAAUUAUAUUCCACAAGUGGACUCAUCAUUCGGAGUAGUCCUGACAGACCUCGAAAACUAAUACAUCACUACCCAUUUCUGAACUAAGCCGAAUCUUAUGAUCAAUUUGCAUUUUUCUCUCGGUUUUCAUUUUAGUAUUUGAAUAAUAUGGUUUUUUCCAUGUUGCGGAAAAACAAAUUAUGAUUUUCGUUAAUCGUAGUAGAAUUUCAAUUUCCAAUUUAAUAAGUGUAAUAAAUUAAAUAAACUAUUUGAAAAUAACUACACGAACAUAAUGACAAAAACACAUACUAUAACUUUAUUUGAACAUUAGCUAAUUGUUAUUUUAUUUAUUUCUUAUAAUUAAGAAAUAAAACUUUUAAGGUAUUAUAAUCUUGAAUAUUAACAUUACAGUAUAUAUUACAUUAGAGCUAUUUUUAGUAAUUAUUCUUUUAUAACUAGGAUGAGAGAUGACUGGCCUAAGAGUGAAUCAGUUAAAAAUUAACAACUUCUAGUAAAUACUACAAAAUGUAAAUACAUUUAAAAAAUAAUCUAAAUGACUUAUAUUAUUUUAAUUUAACUACUCACAUAUAUCAUGAAUUUUUAUUUUAAAAAAUAAUAAUUGAGACUAUAAAAGUGAUUUCAUGAGUUGCCUAAUUUUGAUUAAAUUCUCAUAAUUUUACGACAUAAUAUUUGAUAUUUUGUUAAAACAAUUUCAUUUAAAUUAAAGAAAAAACAUUCUACUCAUACGGCUUUUGUUCUUUAAUUUUUUUUUAAUAAUAUCGUCUAAGAUCUCAGACACUACUAAUACAUUUUAAAUACCGUCAUUAAAAGAGUGUACAAUUACAAUGUCAUCUUUCCAAACAAAUUGUAUAUAUAAGUAUCGAUGCAAUUUCAUAAAUAUGGUAAAGUAGAAGCCUCAGAUGUUAAUGGAAAGGUUUAUCAUAGUUAAACAUUCGAAUUUGUUAGUAUUAUUGAUGAUUGACUGAAUACAGGUGCAGGCCACAAUGUUGAUGAUACUGAAAUGAUAUUCAUUGGUUUAAUAUAUAUUUAUAAUUGGAAUAAGCUAUUCAAUUAUAUAGUGAUUAUUACACAAUUAUUGGUAUAAAGUACCAUAUAUAACAUAUACAAAAGUAAAUGUUAAAAUUAAAAAUGUUUUCAAAAAUUAAAAUUCUUUGCUAAUACAGAUAUUAUAAUGGCUUAUUUAAAAAAUGUCUAUUAAAAGUAAUUCAACUAACAUAGGAAUAAAUUAGUUAUAUUAAUUUCUUAAAACUAAAUACAGCUAUUUUUAACUUGAAUAAAAUAUAUAUUUUUAAAUUGUAUAGAAAUAAUAAUCGGAAACAUUCCAGCCAACAAAUAAAAUAAAUAUUUUGUAUAAAUUAAUUUGUAAAUAUUUCAUUAUAUAGGAAUUUGUUAUGUUAUAAAAUGUAUUGUUAUGUUUAUUAUAUUUUGCAGUGAAUCGUCGAAAAAAGGUUUUAGCAAUAUUGUCUAGUCAUCUAUUCUGUUUUUUUACUGAACUGUUAAAAGCAUUUUUAAACAUUCAAACAUUGUAAACAUCUCUGGUUGUAAAUUGUUUUUCAUAAAAUAAUGUAAUUAUUAAAAUAUAUAUAUAUUUUAUUAAUAAAGGUUUUAUUUUUAAAUUUAGUUUAUUUAACUGCAUCUCUUAUCAGCAUAAUUUUUUAGGAAAAUAUUGGUUGUGUACCCAGUUUCAAAAACUUUUUUGGGAAAUACUCAACAUGCUAUAGGAACACUUCUUUCUCAUUGUUAUGGAGUAGAUGCAUCAAAAUCAGUUGAUAUUUGUA